CAAAGUCACAUGUUCAAACAUGCGGGAGAAAUUCUGCAACUUGUUGCUAAACAUUUCUCUAAAACUUAGCUCAAGUCAUCCUGCUAGCUGUGAUACAACUACCGAAGGCUUCUGUACUCAUAAUGUACAAGCGACAAUGAAUUAGGGCCAUUUAGAAAACUAGAAAUCGGGCGAAAGAGGUGAAGUUGAUAUGGCUGGAGUCAUCUCUUCUUCCUCUUCGAUGAGUCAAACAAUCGCAGCUAUUCUAGACACGCUGAGAAAUAGAAAGGAUCUAGAAAGUCUCAAUACCCAGGAGCAUGCAUUUUCGGCCAAGGAGAUAAGGAAACUUCUGCGCACAUUUAUAGAGGGAACCCUUACUGACCUUGAUGCAGUUGCAGCCCAGUUCUCCAAAAAAUCCACAGGGACCCCACACUCAGAGCUGAUUUGGACAUUUUUCCAGCAUUGCAUUGAAAGUUUCCCAGAGUGCUUUGUAGGAGUAGUUCACAGGCAACCCACAGAAAGCUUUGUAAUUGCUAAUGAGGCACCAAGGCUCCCUGUGGUGAGGUCAUGUGACCACGCUGCAAAAGCUUUCAUACUUUGGGUGUUGACGCGGUUGAUGCGAGUGUUAGCAGAGCCAGGAUGCUUGCCACUACACCCCAAGUCCAUUUCAGCCAUUCAUUCAAUAUUCCAGCUUGUGAAGACAAAAGACUUGGUAUUCUACAAUAGCAUUCUCACAGAGUUGGUCUCUCUAUACAGAGUUUUGGUAAUAAUUGAUGACUCAUCUGUGUUUGACGAUAAAUCAACCUCAUCUGUCACCCUUCCCAUUGAGCUUCAGCACUUCCAGUUCUUUGAGAUUGAUGAUGUUUCCGAUAAGGUAGCUGGAGGGGAGAAUGUCUCAAAAAUCCAGAUUAGUAUUAGAUGUCUGAUUGAUCACAUUGUCCUGCAAGAUGCAAUCAGCCGGAUCAUUGUACAAGUCAUUAUGGAUAUCAGUGCUUUUGCACAGUCUUCUCUUCCUAUGCUGUGGCAAACAUGUUGUCAGCAGCUUGCUAUUGGAGUGGCUGUGCCGAAACAGUGCGCUCUGGAAGCUAUGACGGAGCUGCUCCUGCUGCGUGGUCUUCCUCCUGUACCCCACCUGGACAAGUUUAUCAGAAGUCUCUGUGCUGUUAUGAUAGUCUUGAGCUCACCGCAGUGCAGUAAACUACCAAAACAAAGUGUAUGUUCUCUUGAGAAGCGUUUUGCCGCAUGCCUUAAAAGACUCUUCAGUGAGGUAUCAGGCUCCCCUCUUACCCCAGGCAUGGUGCCACGCCUUGUUCUCCCUCCCUGGCACAUUAACCACAUGGCCGCUAGCCUGGUGCAGUUUCUGGUAUCUGGCGGGCUUUUCAAUCUACAGACGGUGGAAAUGAAGGCAGCUAUUUGUGGUGCGUUGAGGUACAUAUAUACCCAUGCUCCAAGUGUUCUUAGCCCUGCCAUCAGUACAAAUAUACCCAUGAGAGAAAGUGUUAAUAAAGCAUUGGUAGAGUUUAUUGGGCAGAGUCCAGAACAACAGUACAUGACUGGCUGUCUGUGCCAGGCUAUACAAGAUGAGUGGAAAAGAAGUGAACUAUCAAAAAUAACUGAUACCAACACCUCACCUGUUGUGGGAGACAUCGAAUUCCCCGUGCAAUCCACACAAGCCGUGCCCCCAAAGAAGAAGAGACUAAGUCUUGCAAGAAACGCAAAAUCUGAGACAGCCUUUGAAUCUUUACCCUCCCCACCCUCCCCUCCCUUGCUGCAAAUGGCAUUGUUUAAGAGAAUCAAUGAGUUGAUCAAUGCAGUAAUGGAUGCUGAGGCAAAUGAUGUUGUGAAUUUAGAGACACUAUGUUGUCAACUAGAAGGUGUCCGGGUUGCAGUAGAAGUCCUGUUACGUUUAGCAAGCGCUGAUGAAAUAAAACUUCCAGUCUCCUUCUCGGAUGAGCACUUGAACCAUCUGUUUGAGCUGAUGAAAGCAGCCCUGCAAACCCUCGUCCAGGCAGCUGAAAACUCCCUCUCCUCGACCAGGCUCGGAGCCAUGACAAGCACUGUUGACAAGCUGGUCCAGGUAGUGAUGACUGUUUACUGCCUGGCAGACCUGGUAUCACUGCCAUCAGACUUGCAGCAGUUCCUGGUCUUUUUGGUAUCUGUGCCCUGGCUUUCUAAGUCAGUCCCACCAUGGUCCGAUCUACCCCAAGGAUUUGGUCUGUCUGUGGAUGACAUGGCACGAGUGGGUGUCCUCCUAAAGAAUUCCGUCAGUCAUCAGUGCAUUACUGACUGUCUCCAGCAGCUGGCCGUCUUCCCCGCUCAGAUAGCACCCAGCUGGAGACUGCAAAUCUUCAUGCUGUCACUGCGUGACCCAAGUGAACAGCUGACUGCCUCCAGUGUGCGAUGGAUACCCACCCUUCUCUGCUCUCUUGGCUCCUUCUCGUAUACUCUCAUCCCCGACAACCUUCAGUCUCUUCUAUCAUGCUCUGCUCUUAUCCAGGAGGAACUAGGCAAGGCAGUAGGUCCGCUGACCUGCGUCCUGACAGACCAAUCACGUGUCAUCAAGAAGGCACGCCCUGACAUGGGGGUACCGCUGGCAAGGAGUUAUGGCGUACACUGUACAGUUUGUGAUGAUAGCAAAAAAGAUGAAAAGAAGCAGCUAGCUGUGGUAGACCCCUCCAUCAUCACGCCCUUCCUUCACCUCCUCUCACCCACGGUCACGCCCCACGUCAAGCUGGCAUUCAUCAGCAGUAUACCACGCAUGUGCAGUCACCUCGCCGUCACACCAGACACAUCAGCACACAGUUGUGUCGUGAGUGCUACCUGUUGUGACCUUAUUGAUGACCCGGAUUUCAGGGUUCGACUUGCAUUCAGCAAAGUGAUCUCCCACGUGCUUCGGCCAGCAUCCUCAGUCACCACAGGCAGCCCACCAUUAAGUGUAAUCUCCAAGCUGAAGAAAGCGUUUGUCGAUGCAUCUUCUGGCGGAAACACUCGACAGCAAAACGGAGCUAAUACCAGACUUCAGGAGACAGUCGUGUUGACUAUUGGGCAGCUAGGGCGUACGGCACAGGGGGAGCUCUUGCUUAUAGUGAUGAUCAGUCUCCUAGAAAGUCUAUGUGCUCCCUCCCUUUAUGUCCGGGCCAAGGCAUUUGAACAGAUCCAGGAGAUUGCCAAGUCACGUGGGAAGCAGAUGUCGGAGCUCUUUUCACAGUUCAAGCAUGACAUCUGUCAAUUCGUUGCCAAGGCAAUACACGACAUGAUUGACAGCAGCUCAGGCGCCAAGGACUCCCUCGCGAUCAUGACAGAGGUGGCAAGCGUAUUUGAAUUCACAGAUGUGCGCACCUUCAUGCUGUCCACCCUACAGUUCGUAAUUCCGCAUCUCGUGAAAAACGCUUCGCCAGCAUCCUCCACUGUUGUUCGAAUGCUCGCCAAAGAGCUAAAAGUGAACCGCAGGGCGAUACUAAUUGAGAACUUCAAGUACAUCUUCUCAUUUCUUGUGCGGACUUGUUCGCCAGCUGAACUGGAAAAGGCUCUUAGCUAUGUACAGAAAGAGACCGACGUUGAGCUAGGCAGCUUACUGCGUAGCGAGGCACAAAGCGUCUACAACCAGCUACUGCUGUACUUGAGCGUGAGCUACAACAAGGUGCUAAGCGGCCUUUCCAUGCUGGCCAGCAAGGAUGACUCUUAUACGGGACCGCGGGACCUCAAGACCGCUGACCAUAUGGCGGACUUCUUGCAAUCUAGGCUACUUGGCAUCCUGGCCUUCUACAACACUGUGCUUGUCACGAAGAGCGAUUUAGAAGAGAAGAGACUGGCGCUAGAGAGCUUGAUCCAGCUCGUAGGAAUAAUGGGACCCAAGCACAUUACGGGCGUUCGCGUCAAGGUGAUGGGUAUCCUGCGCCUUGGGCUGCGCUUCAAGGAUGAGGGAUUCCCUGAGCUCUCCCUAGACGCCUGGGAGUGCUUUGUGCGCAACAUCGAGCUCGCCAAUGUGGGACCGAUGCUAAGCGAGCUGGUGGUGACCCUUCUGCCGUAUAUCAGCGUGCUUCCAGGGCGUGUAGCGCAGAUCUAUCACUUCUUGAUCGUGGAGAACAAGUCGCGACUGCACGAGCACUUCCACGAGGUGUACUUCCUUCCCGAUGUGCCAGAACUGAGAAAGGUAAACGCGGUGCUUCGUGCAGCGAGUGGAAUGGCGUCCAAGAGGCAGGACCUCAAGACCAAGCUCAAGUUGUCACUCAAGGGCGUGGCUCACGAAAACCUCGACGUGAGAAGACUUGCGCUGUCCAAGCUGAAGCAACUACUUCACGAUAAUCAGGCCUCUCUCCAUGACUACGUGCUGGGUAACGAGACCGUGGACCCGGUCAUCCCUGACAUCGCCAGCACGUUAAUUUCGAGUUGCCGCGAAGCAGACCCUCAAACUCGUGUCCUUGUUGCUGAAUGCCUGGGCGAGCUAGGCGCGGUGGACCCCGGAAGGUUAGAUAAGCUGAAUCAAGUUCAAGUCGACGAGCAGCCAGUAUAUGGGAGCGGCUGCGACGAUGUUGGUUUUGCUGAGGAUCUUAUCAUUGAACUUGUCAGAGCAUUUCUCGCGGCAGUUGACACGCGCGCACAGGACUGUUGUGCGUAUGCUAUCCAGGAAGUCCUUCAAGUCUUUGAGUGCACAGAAACGCGCAGAGAUGGUCCCGGAUAUCGUUUAUGGAAGAAGUUCCCAGAUCACGUGCAGGAAGUGCUGAGACCGCACCUGUACUCAAAAUACCUGAGCUCAGCAGGAGCUAAUUGGUCCCGCCUCCAGAAACCCAUCUAUCGUAGCGCCAAGGGAAAGUCCUUCAAUGACUGGGCGAGUACGUGGACGUCAUACAUGAUCACCAAGGUCCAGCAACCAAAAGCCUCCAGAAUCUUUGGCGCUUGUAGUAAGAUAUUUAAGCAUGAUAUACACAUGGCUCUAUUCCUACUUCCGCAUGUCGUUCUUUAUGUGCUUUUGGAUGGAAAAGAUGAUGACGUCACAGAGGUUCAUGCAGAGAUCAUGGCCGUUUUGACGCAUGUGCAGAGAGGUGAUGAUCUUUCUGCUGCUUCGUCAGAUUUCGGUCAUAUGAGUGCACAAACGGUCUUCACGUCCUUGGACUAUCUAAACCGCUGGGCAAAAGCGCAGGCUCAGACCCGUGCCCCUCCAGGUGCCAGGACAACUCGUACCAGUUCCCUCGCUGGCGAGGAAAAAGAUCACGAAGCAGUUCAGAGAUUCCUUCUGAAAAUACCCCAGGACGUUCUGGCGCUUGCUUCUUUCCACUGCAAGGCGUACACACGUGCGUUGAUGCAUUUCGAAUCUUUCAUUGCCACACAACAUCAGGACAAGCAAGAGCACCUGGGCUUCCUGCAGAGCAUCUACGUAGCCCUCGACGAACCGGAUGGGGUAGUGGGUGUGGCCGCCAUCCGUACCAAGAAGGCCACCCUCCACGAACAGAUACUGGAGCAUGAGAGUGCAGGCCAACUGCGAGACGCGUCCGCAUGUUACGAGAACGCCAUUCAAGAAGAACCCAAUGCUAUUGGACACCAAAAGGGCCUUCUGAAGUGCUUGUUUGGGCUUGGCCAGGUUACCAAUGCCCUGAUGUAUGCCGAUGGGGUCAUGGGGCAGCGACCCGAGUGGCGGGAAUCUUUGAAUACCUAUCGGGUCGAAGCCGCGUGGAGACUAGGUCAGUGGGACUCACUCAAGUCCUACCUGAAGCUUGAACGCGGGGGUGGCGACUGGAAUGCUGGACUCGGCCGGAUUUUACUCGCGGUUAAAGAAAAGGACCAGGGCACAUUCCAGCGGCAGCUACGCAUAGUGCGCAGCCAGCAGAUGGGCCCCCUGUGUGCUGCAAGUAUGGAGACUGGGGCCUACCAGCGAGGCUAUGAGUAUAUCGUCAGGCUUCACAUGCUUCGUGAACUAGAGGAGAGUGUCACUCAGAUGCUGACGGGGGGAGAGAAAGAGGAUGGCUCGGACAGACCUCACGUGGUCAAUGGGUGGAGAGCACGCUUCCAGAUUACACAGAAAUCGUUCCGUACCAGAGAAGCUAUACUCAACUUGCGAAGAAUUGUACUGAACCUUUUUCCAAGCACUGACGCACUGAGGAGAGAACAAGGCGAAAGCUGGCUUCAAAGUGCCAAGGUUGCACGCAAGGCUGGUCACGUCCAGACGGCAUUCAGCUCUCUGUUGAACGCCAGUAACUUUUCGCUGCCUAGUCUGUGUGUGGAGCAGGCCAAGUGGAACUGGAACACGGGAGACACCCAUCAAGCUCUUCUUUGUCUGCAAAAGGGCGUGCGAGCUCUCUGGGCAUCAGGACAAGAUAAGAGAGAUAAAAACAAUGAAACGGAGGAAGAGAGGGCAGAGAGAAUCAUCCUAGCAAAGGCCCAACUCCUUGAGGCGCGCUGGAUGAAUGAGACCGCGCACUAUGAACCAAAUCCUAUCAUCAAGAAGUUUAGAGAGGUAACGGAGCUGCGUAUUGACUGGGAGAAUGGUCACUUCUACAUGGCCAAAUACUAUGACCGCCUGAUGAACGUGUUUUCCGAGGGCGACGAAAAGAGCAGCAAGCUAACCGGAACGGAUUUUGUGCCGUUUGUUAUCAAGCAUUACGGGAAAUCCCUUCAGAACGGCAAUAAGUUCAUCUACCAGUCCAUGCCUCGACUACUGACCCUCUGGCUUGACUUUGGUGCCAAGGUCCCUGACCAAGGUCGAGGCAAUAAAGCUGCUGCCAAAACGCUGGCAGACCUUAACAAGACAAUGGCCGAGCUGACGGAGAGACUUCCGGCGUACCAAUUCCUGACUGCCUUCUCUCUACUUAUCUCAAGAAUCUGUCAUCCGAACCAGAAGGUCGUGGAACAACUCGAGGUGAUUCUGGCGCGACUUCUCCUGGCUUACCCUAACCAAGCUGUGUGGAUGAUGAUGGCCGUCUCAAAGUCAUCUUUCCCCACUCGAUCGAAGCGUUGCCAUAACAUCUUCUUCAAGGCCAGGAAGCAAUCAUCAACAAUCGGCAAGUUCAUCGAGGACGCCACGCGGCUUGCAGAUCGCCUACUGGAAGUUUGCAACAAGGAUUUCAACAAGAAUUUGUCCCGGGACAACAAGCUGAGCAUGUCACAUGACUUUGCGGUACUCAAAAGGCUUGUCUCCGACGGGAAUUUCAGCCAGAUUAUCGUCCCGCUACAGUCCUCCAUGACGGUCACUCUCCCCUCAGGACCAGGAAACCACAUGGACCAUAACCCCUUCCUGGACUCGCUUCCAUGCAUAGCCGGCUUCGAUGACACGGUCGAGGUUUUGGCAUCUUUGCAGAGGCCAAAGAAGAUCACGAUCCUCGGAAGUGAUGGGAACUCCUAUAUCAUGAUGUGUAAACCCAAGGAUGAUCUUCGAAAGGACUGUCGCACCAUGGAGUUCAACGCCCUUAUUAACAAGUGCUUGAUGAAGGAUCCUGAAUCUCGGCGAAGACAGCUACAUGUUCGAACAUAUGCUGUUAUACCUCUAAACGAGGAAUGCGGUUUGAUUGAAUGGGUGAAGAAUACGCACGGCCUGAGGAACAUUCUGAACAAAAUCUACAAGGAGAAGGACAUGUAUACCAAAGGCUCUGAACUGAAGAAGAUCAUGGAUCGAGCAGGAAAAUCUGUGGAGGCCAAGGUCCGAGUCUUCACGCAGGAGUUUCUUCCAAGGCAUCCUCCAGUCUUUGGAGAAUGGUUCCUGAAGGCCUUCCAAAACCCAACCUCUUGGUAUGAGAGUCGCCUGGCGUACUGUCGCACCACCGCCGUCAUGUCCAUGGUGGGGUACAUCCUGGGGUUGGGCGACAGGCAUGGUGAAAACAUCCUCUUUGAUUCCACCAAUGGCGAGUGUGUCCAUGUAGACCUCAACUGCCUCUUUAACAAGGGUGAAACGUUUGACUGUCCUGAGAGAGUCCCAUUUCGUCUCACGCAUAAUCUGGUUGAUGCCAUGGGGUUGCUGGGAUAUGAGGGAGUGUACCGACGAUCAUGCGAGGUCACGCUCCGAUUGAUGAGAAGCCAGUGUGACUCAUUACUAACGGUUCUGGGCACAUUUAUCCAUGAUCCUCUUAUGGAGUGGCUCCGGCCGCGGGGCACGCCGGGAGAUCCAUCCAAAAGUAAAGACACAGGCGAGGUUACCAAUGAAGAGGCAGUCAAGAUUUUGAAAAGCAUUGAGCAGAGACUGAAAGGCUACUACAGCAAAAACAAGAUCAUGAUCCCACUAUCGAUAGAGGGGCAGGUUCACAAGCUUAUAACGGAAGCCACUGAUAUACAGAACCUCGCUCAAAUGUACAUCGGUUGGGCGCCUUACCUGUAAGAUCAAGGCUACUUCUAUUGGAUGGUCGCCGAACCCGUUAGACCGUGCCUGCUUCUAUUGGAUGGUUGCCGAACCCGUUAGACCCUGCCUGCUUCUAUUGGGUGGUUGCCGAACCCGUUAGACCCUGCCUGCUUCUAUUGGAUGGUUGCCGAACCCGUUAGACCCUGCCUGCUUCUAUUGGAUGGUUGCCGAACCCGUUAGACCCUGCCUGCUUCUAUUGGAUGGUUGCCGAACCCGUUAGACCCGGCCUGCUUCUAUUGGAUGGUCGCCGAACCCGUUAGACCCGGCCUGCUUCUAUUGGAUGGUCGCCGAACCCGUUAGACCCGGCCUGCUUCUAUUGGAUGGUUGCCGAACCCGUUAGACCCUGCCUGCUUCUAUUGGAUGGUUGCCGAACCCGUUAGACCCGGCCUGCUUCUAUUGGAUGGUCGCCGAACCCGUUAGACCCUGCCUGCUUCUAUUGGAUGGUUGCCGAACCCGUUAGACCCUGCCUGCUUCUAUUGGAUGGUUGCCGAACCCGUUAGACCCGGCCUGCUUCUAUUGGAUGGUCGCCGAACCCGUUAGACCCGGCCUGCUUCUAUUGGAUGGUCGCCGAACCCGUUAGACCCGGCCUGCUUCUAUUGGAAGGUUGCCGAACCCGUUAGACCCUGCCUGCUUCUAUUGGAUGAUUGCCAACCCGUUAGACCCUGCCUGCUUCUAUUGGUUAGGCGCCGUCGCACUAAGACUCAGACUUCUUACUUAAAAGCUCUAUGAUAACUGUUUUUAUAAUCUGUGAGCAAGAUCAUCGAUAAUUGUUUUGUUAUGACUGAUAAUAAACAUAUACUUGGCGCAAUGAAGAGAAAAA